UGUCCCAAACUGGAUUGUUUAUCUUCGAUGGGUGUCUCCCAAAUUUCCUACCAAGCUGAUAUGGAUUGGGGUGAGGGCGCCUACACACACUGCAAGCGUGAAGAGAGCGCUGUGCACACACACACCUAUACGGGACUGCCCGCAGAGACCGACCAGUCUCUCCGAAGGACCUGUGCGGCACUAAUCCCAGAACGGGCCCUCCUGAGUCGGGUGUAUUACCCGGUUCGUCUCUGAACACAGAGGAACCUCCUUGGUUUGAUUCUGGUGAAUCGAAUUCCUGAAUAGUCACUGUUGUUCUCCACUGCACUGAGUUGCUCCUCUAAACCUCCUUCAUCUCCACGCCAUGGAGCGCACAGUCUGGGUGGAUGGAGUUCAGAGGGUCAUCUGUGGAGUCACUGAGAAAACUACCUGCCAAGAAGUGGUGAUAGCGCUGGCACAGGCAAUGGGUCGCACGGGCCGCUACACUCUAAAGGAGAAGUUUAAGGAGUUCGAACGCAGCGUGACGCCAGAUGAGAAACUGCUGGAGUCCCUGAAUAAAUACGGGCAGCAGGCUAGCGAGGUGCAGCUCAUCCUGAAACACAACGGCCCUUCCCUCGAGACAAGGCGCUGCGCCCAGAUCCGCGGCACUCGCGGAGCGGCCAGGAGUCUGCACCGGCAGAGCCUUCCUGCCCUGGACAAGGUCCGGAUGAACGCAGAUCCAAAUCCGGAAGAGAAGAAACCCAAGCGCAAAUCGCUCACCUUCGCAGAGGAGGCCAGGGAGUGGAUCGAGUCCUUCACCAGAACAAGACUGCACCGAGUCAGGGGAAAGGGGAAGGAUGCUGGGAGGAGAGACUCCAGCGUAGUCAGCCAGCCCGCAGAGGAAUCGGGAGAGAUUAUCCACCUACAGAACAGUCGAGAGAUCUCCAGCAAGGAGGGGAAUCUGCGCAGGAUCACAGACGACCAGGAGGAGUCAAGUCCUGGGCAGGCAACCAAAGAGGAGCUACACCAUCUGAUCAGAAGGCAACAGGCCCAACUCGAGACCUUCCAGGCCCGUCUGGACGCCACAGAGGCAGAGAUCCGAGCGCUGGAGGAGCAGGAGAGCCUGGCCGAAGAGCAGGAGAGCCUGGCCAAGGAGCUCGCCCGUCUCGGGCAGCUGGUGGAGUCGCGGGUGGCAGACGUGGAAGAGGUGGACUUCUGGGAGAACGAGCUGCGGGCGGAGGAGGUGUACGAGCAGGACUUGCAGGAGCAGUUUCUGGAGAUGAAGGAGAAGGUGCAGGAGUGUAAAGAGAAGCUGGAGGAGUACAAGAAGAGGGAGUCGAGGCACAGCUCUCGGGCGGAUCAGGCAGGCAGGCUGGCCGAAGAGCUGAGUCAGGGCUGCAAGGAGGGCAGCCGGAUGGAAAACUCCCUGGUCCUGACCCAGGAGGCUGACCAGGACUUCCAGGUCAGUCGCUCUCUCUGGACGGCACCCUUCCCAAGGGUAUCGUACCGUUUUAGCGACACAAGUGCCAGCCCGGGACCGCUCAGGGAGUGGGUGGCGCGGUGGUCCAAAGAACUGUCGUCUUCCUCUUCUGCAGCCGGCGAGCUCAGUGAUUGUGCCGAGGCAGUCCAGCAGACGGACAGCACGGCAGUUUAAGAGCAGUGAAUAUAAGCCCUGUACCCUGCACUGCCAGACUCUCCCUCAUUGUCUUUCCAGAAGAAACAGCAGAACCAGAAGCUUUAACUGGUGAGCUCCGGUAAGCUACCCUGCGGCACCUCAUCCAUGGAGUGGGGCACGACCCCCUGCCCCGCUCCCCCAGGACGGGAAGCUACACCUCUCCCUGUCCAGCUCGCCCCGGGAGACCAGAAAGAGAUUCACAACAAACACACCAGAGGAAUCAGAAGUGCUCUCCGCUCCUCCCCUCUGAUCCAGGAAACCCCAACGUCACAGAACUGCUUCACGGUUACACCAGUACAUCACUAGGGUGUACGACUGAUGUUAGAACUGUAACUUGGAAAUACAUUUAAAUCCUAAAUACAUUCUCUCAGUAUUUUCCAGUUAUUAGUAAUACAUUGUUAUAUCUUACUAUAUGUAAAAGUCAUUUAUACUGUACAUAAGAAUUAAUAAAAUCUAAAACUUGUUAAACAGCUUUAAAUAAGAUGCAUAUAUAUCUCUCCAUCUUCUCAUUUUUAAAGCAGUGUGUGUGUGGGAGGCUAAUCUGGUCUCUAGGACAAUAUCAUCCUGUCAGCCAGAGACCAUUUCUGGCCAUCUAAUUCAGUAUGGCCUGUGGCAGAAUUGAGUUUAAUUACAGACAACCCCACUUUUAAAACGAAGCCAGCACUUAAUGUUUUAUCCGAGAGUGGGCGUGUGUUCCUCUGUAGUAAUUAAAUUUACUCUAAAGUGCAAGACGAGCUAAAAUAUAGAUUUAACAAAUAAAAUGCCACAGGAGAGGUCAAUUCGUUAACUUCUUCCAUACAAUGAGAUGGAGUUCCCUUUGAGCCCUGUUCCAAAGUGAAAGGAGAUUAAUCAUCUUUAAUGGAGCUCUUCAAUCUUAUUAAUAAAAUUGAUUAUUCAUCCAAGUUUGAAAAGUCUCCUGAUUUACAUGUGCAUCAUUUCAGUGUAAAUAAAAUCAUACUAACUAGCUCUUGAUUGUUAAAGUAUGGAUUUCUAUACCCAAGCUGAAAUCUUUUCUCAGCACAGAAUGGGAUUCCACUUUAUUCAGAGUCUGCUACCAAGCACAAGAACCCUUUGUGCAACAGGCUACAUUGAAAUGGGUAAAUUAACACAUUUUCAAAAGUAUAAAGCUGAUUUUUGCAUUGGUAUUCC